AUGGAAAUAACAACUGAAAGGGAUCUCUUAGGAGCUGCGCAUGCAAUGAGUCGGCUGUCUGUACAGCACGAGUGGCUGGUGGAGCUGCCGCAGCCGCGCUGCUCGCUGCCGGGGCCUUUUGCUGCUGCCUCUGCAGCAGCAGCAAGCGACAGCAGCAGCACGACCAGCAGCACCGCCAGCAGCACCGCCAGCACUGGCAGCAGCAGCAGCAGCAGCAGCUGCUGCUGCUGCCCGCUGCAGCAGCCGCAUGCAUUUGACUGGGUCCCCGCAGUUGCUGUUCUCAGCGACGCAGGCCUUGACGUGGGGGGCGUUCUUGUGUCUCUGUUGGACAUUGUGUCUGUCUCCAUCUCCCCUCAUCCUCACAAAGCCUUGCAGCAGCAGCAGCAGCAGCAGCAGCAGCGGCAGCAGCAGCAGCAGCGGCUGGGAAGCGGGAAUUCCCCACGGGUAGAAGACGACGCUGCAGCAGCAGCGGGAGGGGGUGCAGCAGCAGCAGCAGCAGCAGCAGCAGCAGAAGCCGCAGGAGAGUACUCUGGGGCUGAAGCUGCUGCUGAGAAGGAGAACGUGCUGUGGGCUUGCGAGCAGCAGCAGCAGCAGCAGCACGUGCAGCUGGUUGUGCUGCUGCGGUCGGCGCUGCCAGCAGCAGCAGCAGAUCCUCCCCUUUACUUGCCGCCGGCGGAGGCCAGUGCUGAGGCCGGCAGCUGUUUGAUCAUGCGAGCUCCCGCAGCAGCAGCAGCAGCAGCAGCUGCUGCUGACGGCGCUGCUGCUUGCUGCUCCCUGGAGCAGCACGGCAGCAGCAGCUACGCGGGCGCUGCUGCAGCAGCAGCUGCUGCUUCGCUGCUGCAGCGGCUGCAGCAAUUCAUCAGCCGAGUCCGCCCCACGUUUUGUUCGCUGCGGAAGCGCGCAGCAGUGACGGAGGACAUUCGCGCGCGUUUCAAGCAGCAGCAGCAGCAGCAGCAGCAGCAGCACGUGCUGCUGCCCGCAGCAGCAGCAGCAGAAGUGGAGCGACUCAAAGCAGCAAAACAACUGCAUCUGCUGCUCGGAGGCUUUCUGCUGCGGGACUGUGCUGCUCUGGAAGAGGCCGUGGCUUACGCCCCGCUUGCGGUGCUGGCCAAGAGCAGCAGCAGCUGCUGCGAAGACGCGUUCUUCUGCCUGGAGAAAGAAGGCUGCUUCGGAGUAUUUGACGGAGUCGGAAGCUGGGCUGUUGAAGGAGUUGAUGCUUCUCGUUUUUCGGAAGGACUUGCUGCUGCUGCUGCAGCAGAAGCAGCAGCAAACCUGGACCCCGAGAACAUGGCCCCCGAGUACCGCGCGCUGGACCCCAACGCGCGCGCGCGGCUGCUGCUGCACAGGGCCCAUGCUGCAGUCUGCAGCAGCAGCGAGAACAGGUGGGGCAGCAGCACAGCAGCAGUGGGGUGUAUAGACACCCGAACUGGCCGCCUCGGCGUGGCCUGUCUCGGCGACUCCGUGCUGAUGGUGCUGCGGCGGCAGCUGCUGCCGAGCAGCAUGUCUUUUUAUGCUGCAGAAGUUCCCGCGGUGCGGCCGGAGGCGCUGCUGCUGAGCAGCAGCAGCAGCAGCAGCAGCAGCAGCAGCAGCAGCAGCAGCCGCUUCCCGCGGCUGCUGCGGCGCUGCUGCUGGCGCACCAAGGAGCAGCGCUGGGAAAACGGAGCCCCCUACCAGCUGUGCAACCUGCCCGCCCGCAGCAGCAGGCAGCAGCUGCAGCAGCAAGGCUUCGAGCGCUUUGUUGCAGUGCUGCAGAAGAUCGACCCCCAGGGAGACACAGCAGCAAUGGCCUACGCCCCGCAGCAGCCGCUGCUGCUGCAGCCAGGUGACCUCGUCUUGGCCUUCAGCGACGGAGUCGGCGACAACUUGUUCGACCGCGAGAUCGAAGUCUUCUGCUCCCUCGCCCUCUCCCCCGACGAGGCCCUGCUGCUGCAGCAGCAGCAGCAGCAGCAGCAGCAGCAGCAGGGGAAGGAACAGCAGCAGCAGCAGCAGCAGCAGCAGCAGGGGAAGGAACAGCACACCCAGCAGCAGCAGCAGCAGCAGCAGGGCAAGAAACAGCACACCCAGCAGCAGCAGCAGCAGGGGAAGGAACAGCACACCCAGCAGCAGCAGCAGCAGCAGCAGCAGCAGGCGGAACGGCCCUCUAUUUGCUUCACGCCGGCACAGGACGUGGCGGAGUUUAUUGUCAAAAUUGCAAAAAAGAAAUCUCAAGAUGGCCUGUUCGAGCGCCCGUUUGUUGCAGCACCUGAAGGCAGCAAGCCGCUGCCCGCCCAUUUAGCAGCAGCAGAAGGAGAGGGAUUUCGAGGAGGCAAAAGAGAUGACAUUAGCUGCGUGGCGCUGUGGGUCACAGCUGCAGUGCAGACACCGAUGCCUGCUGCUGCUGCUGCUGCUGCUGCUGCUGCAGCCGCAGAGACUGCAGCAGCAGCUGCACCGCUUCCCGCUGCAGCAGCAGCUGCAGAAGCAGCUGACUCCGUCGCGGUGACUGUGGAGGCUUCCACCCAGGGGGAGGAGCUCUCUGCUGGGGCAGCACAAGAAGAGCAGCCCGCAGCAGCAGCAGCAACAGCAGCAGCAGCAGCAACAGCAGCCUCUGCUGCUGCCGCUGCCGCGUCGCCACCUGCAGGUGGUGAAGGCGCCCGAGCACUCACGCCCUCACCGGCAGCCGAAGCAGCAGCAGCAGCGGCGUCCGCUGCUGCUGCUGCUGCUGCUAAGUCCCGCAAAGCAGCAGCAGCUGCAAGUGUCGGUACACCCAAGCUGCUGCACCGGUUCUCGCGUGCUGCUCGGCUGAGCCCCAGCAGCAGCCGCUUAGCAACCCCUGGGGCUUCCCCUUCAAGCUCAGUCUCUGCAGCAGCAGCCCCAGGAACCCCAGGGACCCCCGCAGCAGCAGCAGCAGCAGCAGCAGCAGCAGCAGCAGGGGAUUCCUCGCGGAAGCGCUCGCUAGCUAAAGGGGCAGCAACCCCACACACUCCCUCCCGCAGCACAGACCGCCUAAACCCUUUGGGGGUUUUGCGCAGAAGAUUCUGCAGAGAAGCUGCGAGUCCUGCUUCUCCCACCAGCACCCCGCGGAAGCCCCUUGCUGCUGCUGCUGCUGCUGCUGCAGCGGGAGCAGCAGCAGGAGCAGCAGCGAGUCCUGCUGCUGCUGCUGGCUCGCCCGCGUCGCCCAGCCACGGGAGCGCCAGCCGACUACCCCGUCCAGACUUUGCUGCUUUUGCUGUUCUCCGCGCUGCUGCUGCAGCUGUCAAGACCCGCAGGGGGGGCCCCCCUGGGGGCCCCCCAGAAGGCUCCCCAGGGAGGGGCCCCCCAGUACCCUCUGCUUCCCCUAAGCGAGCAGGGGGGCCCCUGGGGCCCCCCUGGAGGCCCCCCAAGACCCUCCGCCGUGCUGCUUCCCCGGGGCCCCUCUUUUCAGACACUCCUAAGAAACCCUUGAGGCGGCCGGGGCCCCCCAGUGGGGCCCCUGAAGAGGGAGGUGCAGCAGCAGCCCCCGCAGCAGCUGCAGCGACUGCAGCAGCUGCAGCAGCUGCUGCAGCCGAGGGAAAAGGCGCCGCCGCACAGUCUGCGGGGGCCCCUGCUGCUGCUGCUGAGGCUGGAGCGGAAGCCGCGCAGCAAGGGCCUGCUGCUGCAGCAGCAACGCCAAGGAGGCAGAAGCAAGCAGCAGGAGUGGACACAGAAGCAGGACAAGGGAAGCAAGGGGAGAGCAGCAGCAGCAGCAGCAGCAGCAGCAGCAGCAGCAGCAGCCCACAGAAAAAAGAAGCAGCAACAGAAAACGAACAAAGCAGAAAAUGCAGCGAAAUGCAGCAAACGAAUGACGAACAGCCGGACGCAGCAGUCAAGCAGUCAAGGUGUUCCCACACAGGCCUCCAGAAGCAGCAGCAGCAGCAGCAGUCGCAGCAGCAGCAAAGGCAGCAACAGCAGCAGCAGCAGGAGCAGCAGCAGCAGCAGCCAGAUGGCCCUGCUUGUCCGGGAACUCAGCGCCGCUCCCGCCGUCUCAGCGGCCGCAGCCUCGAAAGGGCGCCGUUAGCUGCAGCCCCGAGGCGCAGCAGCAGCAGCAGCAGCAGCGCUGGCGUUAGCUGCUCUGUUGCAGCGAAAUCAGCAGCAGCAGCACGAGCAGCAAAACGCACGAAACACGCAGAGCAACAGCAGUAG